AGUCCCCCUUGUGUUCCACUGAGUACUGCACUUGAACCGUCUUUAGAGGUUGCGAGACGAGACAGCACUUCCGAUAUCUUGAGCCCAUCACGGUAUAAGUCACCACGCCAUUUCGUCUCCAACAAGGUGGUACUCGAAUUACGCUCGAAUUUGCAAUCUGGACGCAAAAGCAGUUGCAGUACUGGUGAUGAGAUCGCGUGCGAUUUUUUAAUCGCUGGUUGCGACGCAAAACCGGAUGUGCCUGCACCGUGUCAACGACCAUCUGUUAAGUUGAAUCGUGCUCCUAGUUACACUGGCAAUCUCAUGGGCAUACGCGAUGAAAACGUCUUCAUCAAAGACGAUGCA